UCGCCUUUGGGACAACCACGACCUGGAUGACUGAGAAUCUCCAUAGACACUUCCAAGAUCAGGGAUUUUGGAUUGUAAACCCAGAUGAACACAGGAUAUAGGGACAGAGAAGCAGAUAGGGGCGCAUGAACUUUGAAGCCGGAACCAAAUGUUUUCCGGGUUUCUUUGCGGAAUCAGGAAUUGGUGGGACCAACCACAGGGUUAGCGGAACAGGAAGUGACGAGAAGGCGUUUUGUGUUAGUUGGGGGGGGGAGGGGGGAGAGAAAUAGACCAGGAUUGUUUACUACGACGAGGAGGCCGGCAUGAGUUCCCUGCGGGAAGAAGACGAUCCUUAUGUGGUCGAGGAGCCCAGCGAUGAGGACCCAGCGCAGAGCAGUUCUGAAGAUGAAGUGGAUGUGCUUUUAUAUGGCACCCCAGACCAGAAGCGUAAACUGAUACGGGAGUGUCUCACAGGAGAAAGUGAAUCUUCUAGUGAUGAUGAAUUCCAAAAGGAAAUGGAAGCUGAACUUAACUCCACCAUGAAAAAUAUGGAAGGCCAAUGGAAGUCACAACUUCCAGGUGAUGCUUCUGUUGCUGGUCAGUCUGGAACUGUCUCCACUUCUAAGUAUUAUGAUGACAUUUAUUUUGAUUCCGAUUCAGAUGAUGAAGAUGUAGGAGGUUCUGCAGAAACCAGGAAAAAAAGAAAACAUCACCAACGACGAAUUCCAACUAAUGAUGAGUUAUUUUAUGAUCCAGAAGAAGACAAUAGAGAUCAGGAAUGGGUAGAUACGAUAAGAAGGAGUUAUCAUAAUAUAAGAAAUGUUCGAUCACAACAACAAGAAAAAUUUCCUGCCAUUCCCAACAGUGAUGCUAUUUUGAACUGUCCUGCUUGUAUGACAACAUUAUGCCUUGAUUGUCAAAGGCAUGAAUUAUACAGAACUCAAUACAGAGCAAUGUUUGUGAUGAACUGUACAGUUGUCAAAGAAGAAAUUUUGAAAUACAAAUACCCACUGAAAAAGAAGACAAAGAGAGGACACAAGAAAAUUAAGCAGAGUAAUGAAUCAACAACUGGCUCAGAAAGCCAGGAAGAAGAGAUAUAUCACCCAGUUAAAUGUACUGAAUGUUCAACAGAAGUGGCUGCAUUAGAUAAGGAUGAAGUCUUUCAUUUUUUCAAUGUAUUGGCAAGCCAUUGCUAAGGUGCACUAUUUUACAUCCUUCAAGAUUAUAUUAAAAUUUCAAAGUGAAAGAUGA